AUGUCGUCGUCUCCAGCGGUCAAGUACGCGCGGUACAAGCGCGCCACAGCCUUCUUUCUCGACUGGCUUCUGCGUGCACGCGGUGGAGGUCGGCAUGCUGGCCAACGUGUGCAGCUGGAGGCGCUCAACGACGUGGUGAAGGAGAUCGCGGCAGAUCCAUCGACACUCACGCCAAAGCUUCUACAGCAACUGCCCAAAGCCCUCGCCGCCUGCCAAUACGCCAUCACACUGCGUGACUCGCCGAAGAACUUCCAACAGAAGAUUCUGGAUCUCCACAACUCGAUCAUGAUGGAGAUGAAUCGGUCUCUAGGUGAAAGCGGAGCGUCUGGGAAUUACCUGAUGAAGUACGUGCCAGGAACCUUCCUGCUAGAGCUGCUAAGCGUGGAGCGUAUCUUGUUUUUCGACGAUGUGUACGUUCAAGAAGUAUUCUCCCCGUUUCGAGCUGCGGCGUACUUUAUGGCAGUGGCGGGGCGCCCAAUUGCUGGCGAGUCGGGGCAACAGCGCGUUAAUCGUGCUCUAGAGGAAUCGGUGAUAAAGGUAAUUAUGCCGCUGUUGGAUGCCUUGCUGCCCGAUGGACGGAUUGACAAGACUGCGAUCCCACGCAAAGCCGUAUCGGAUGAAGUGCUCGCGAAGGAAAUGUGCAAGAGGGUUGCAAAUGUGAUCAAAACGAGAUUUACAGUUCCUUCUGGCAUCUGUGAGCAAAAAGGACCGAAUCAUGACAAUAUCGACCAAGUGUUUGCUGACCUGAUGAAGCUGCUGAUGGAAAGCGAUGGCCCCUUGUCUGCGACUGAAAUGGCCUACGUCAAGUCAGAAAUCAAGGAGAAUUACGAUCUCUUGGGUAUUGUGGCUCCAACCACCGAAUCCGCGUAUGAUGAGUUUUGUACGCUGCUGCAUUUGGCGGCUGUAGGGCCUGCGCACGAUAUGGAGCUAGUGGAAUGGAUGAUCCAGUUGGGAGCGUUUAUUGUCCAGCCGCUUCACUGUCGGAUGGAGCUGCACAUGGACAACGGGAAGUUUCCGACACGCUUAACGGGUUCAAAAUCAACCUUCGCACCACCGAUGACCAAGGCACUUCGCAUCUGUGACAUUUCAAUUUAUCAACGUGAGCGUGUGAAAUCGCUGCAUCCACCCAAUAUUACUACUACAACUCGCUGGAUGAUAAAAAGAAACGUGGAGCAUUCUUCCGAGCCGAAGAAGAGGAACACCGCGGUCUUCAAAAGAAAAGAGCGACGAAAACACCAGCAUGAACGACGAUUCUGGACGUGA